AAGCCAUAGAAGUCCCAAAAUUUGGGGCGGUCUCAACAGUUAUCCUCUUUCAAAAUGGCCAAUCUUUGGCCUAGCCUGCUUUAUGCCUUGGCAAUAGCCUUGAUAGCCAGCAAUGUAGCAGCUAGUUAUGAGAAAACAUAUAUAUUUGCAUCCCCACCACCACCAUCAUAUAAACACAAGUCCCCGCCAUCGUAUUACUAUAAGUCACCACCGCCACCAUCUUAUAAACACAAGUCAUCACCAUCAUAUCAUUACAAGUCACCACCGCCACCAUCUUAUAAACACAAGUCACCACCACCUUAUCACUAUAAGUCACCACUUCCUCCAUCUUAUAAACAAAAGUCACCACCACCUUAUCACUAUAAGUCACCACCUCCUCCAUCCUAUAAACACAAGUCAUCACCAUCAUAUAGUUACAAGUCACCACCACCACCCCAUCAUUACAAGUCACCAAAAUAUUACUACAACUCCCCACCUCCUCCUUAUGUCUACAAGUCACCUCCACCUCCCUCUCCAUCUCCACCCCCUCCAUAUAUUUAUAAAUCACCUCCUCCACCGUCUCCAUCACCUCCUCCUCCUUAUGUGUACAAGUCACCACCGCCUCCUUCUCCCUCCCCACCUCCGCCAUACAUCUAUAAAUCACCACCACCUCCCUCUCCAUCUCCUCCUCCACCAUACAUUUACAAGUCACCUCCUCCACCUCCUCCUUACAUUUAUAAAUCCCCACCACCUCCAUUCUGGUCACCUCCUCCACCAUACAUUUACAAGUCACCCCCACCACCUCCCCCGUCUCCAUCGCCUCCACCACCUUACAAAUACAAGUCACCACUACCACCAUCUCCAUCACCACCUCCUCCUUACCUUUAUAAAUCACCGCCACCUCCUUCACCAUCUCCUCCUCCACCAUACAUUUACAAGUCACCUCCACCCCCAUCUCCACCUCCACCUCCGCCUUACAUCUAUAAAUCACCACCACCACCUUACACUUACAAGUCACCACCACCACCCUCGCCCUCACCUCCUCCACCAUACAUUUACAAGUCACCCCCACCACCUUCUCCAUCACCUCCCCCUCCUUACAUUUACAAGUCACCUCCUCCCCCGUCUCCAUCGCCUCCACCACCUUACUUAUACAAGUCACCACCACCUCCUCCUUACCUUUAUAAAUCACCGCCACCUCCCUCACCAUCUCCUCCUCCACCAUACAUUUACAAGUCACCUCCAUCCCCAUCUCCAUCUCCACCUCCGCCUUACAUCUAUAAAUCACCACCACCACCCUCUCCAUCGCCUCCACCACCUUACAUUUAUAAGUCACCACCACCACCCUCGCCCUCACCUCCUCCACCAUACAUUUACAAGUCACCCCCACCACCUUCUCCAUCACCUCCCCCUCCUUACAUUUACAAGUCACCACCUCCCCUGUCCUCAUCGCCUCCACCACCUUACAUUUACAAAUCACCACCACCUCCUUCUCCAUCGCCACCUCCUCCUUACAUUUAUAAAUCACCACCUCCACAGUCACCAUCAUCUCCACCACCAUACAUUUACAAGUCACCUCCUCCACCAUCUCCAUCACCUACCUCUCCUUAUGUCUACAAGUCGCCACCGCCACCUUCUCCAUCGCCACCCCCUCCUUCUCCAUCGCCACCCCCUCCUUACAUUUAUAAAUCACCACCGCCACCCUCAAGGUCACCUCCCCCACCUUAUCUUUACAAGUCACCACCACCUCCAUCUUCAUCACCUCCUCCUCCCUACAUUUAUAAGUCGCCACCACCCCCAUCUCUAUCCUCACUACCUGGCUACAUCUACAAAUCUCCACCUCCACCACCUAUCCGUUAUGUUAAGAAGUCACCACAUUCAACAUCUACAUCUACCCCACCCCCACCAUCAACUGUUCAUUACUAAACUUAAUGAAUUUGUGUUUGCAUUGUGUUGUCAAUUGAUAAGACACAUAAUUGCUACAAGAGAGACUUCUAUCCUGGCGAUAAUUUGUUUUCAUCUCAUCAAUCUAAGAUGGGGCUAGAAAAGUGCUUGAGAAUAAGAGGCUGAUUUCCAGAUUUCAUGCAAUUUUAAGUGUUUUUUUUUUUUUCAUUUUUUUUUUCCAGCUUUGAUGGUUUGAUUAUUUAAAAGUCAUAAACAAUAUAUUACAUGGUAUUUCUUUAUGAGGACCCUUUUUGGUUUCACAAACUGAAACUCGAUGUAAUCAAUUGGACGUACACUACUAUAAUUUAUUCAUCCCCUACAUUUUGUGUUAAGGAGUUGAAGUUUAU